AUGGAUCCGGCAGCAGUACCAGCCGCAUCGGUAGAGACGGAGGACACAAAAAUGACGGAAGGGGGAGGACCAGGACCAGGAGGAGCAGCAGCAAACACAGACACAAACACAAACACAAACACAAGCGAUAACGGAGGUGGCAAACAUCAAGUUCAACAAUUCGAAAACACCACACUCUCAAGCCUCAAACUGGAACCCGCCAGCUCACCCGCACCUUUUCUCGACGACUACGCAAACAACACCAACGCAGCCCCAGGAGCACCACCCUCCUCCAGGAAUAGCAUCAGCGGCACACCGCAGCCGUCACAACCGGCAGCAGCAACAACAACAGCAGCAGCAGCAAUGCCGCCAAAGAGGAAAAAAAAGGGCACCGCCACGACCGUCAAGACCACAAGGAAGGGCGGUCCGUCACGUGCCAAGUCCAAAAAGGGCGGCGGUGCCGGCGCGAAGAAGACGACGGCCAAAAAGACGCCCGCGGGGAAAACAGCAGCAUCGGCCGCCGGCGGCAGCGGCGCAGGCGACGAGGACAAUGAAAACGACCAGGACGCCGCCUCGGACUCGGAGGACGACGAGUCGGACCACGGGCCCUACUGCCUGUGCCGCGGGCCCGACGACCACCGCUGGAUGAUAUCGUGCGAGGCUUGCGAGGACUGGUUCCACGGCGAGUGCGUCGACGUGUCCAAGGACGUCGGCGAGACGCUCAUCCAGAGCUACAUUUGCCCGCGCUGCACCGUCCCCGGCAAGCUCGUCACCCGGUACAAGAAGACGUGCGGGCUCGGCGGCUGCUCCCAGCCCGCCCGCAUCUCGGACCCGGCCAAGAAUCCCGGCGCCGCCAACAGCGUCUUUUGCUCCCAGGACCACUGUAACCUCUGGUGGGAGCAGCUGGUCGCCACCCUGCCCCGUAAAGAAGGCGACAAGGGCGGCCGCGUCGGCCUGACGCAGGCCGAGUUCAUGGGCCUGCUGGCCACCAAAGGAGGAGGAGCGAAUAAGACGACGACGACGACGAUGACGACCGCAUCAACAGCAGCAGCAUCCGCGGGAAGCGGCUGGUUCGUCGGACAAAAGCCGUUCGCGGUGCCCGCCGACUUCUGGUCCCAGCACGACCCCAAGGAGAUACUGACGGCCGAAGAGGCAGAGCUGCUGGCCACGUCGUCGGCGUCGCGGCGCGCCCUGGCCGACGAGGUGGUUCUGUGCCGCAAGAUGCUGCAGCUGCUCGAGAUGGCCGUGGCGCAGCGCCUCGAGGCCGUCGCGGCCGGCCGCCUCAAAAAGGACGGCGGCUGCGGCUACGACACGGCCCUGGACCACGUCGGCGCCCAGGCCCAGUUCGCCGCCUUUGUCACGUCGCCCGCCGGACAGGCCAUAUUCACCGCCGGCAAGCUGGAGAGCGCCGCCUACGAUGGCGAGCAGGAUGGUGGCGGCGCGGGGACGGCCGGCAACAACACCACCACCACCCUUGGUCCGUGGACGAACCCCGCGUUGGUCGAGCGCACCUACAUGUGCGAGCGGCAUCGGUGCAAGCCGCACUACAACUGGCACGCCAGCCACGCGAGACACGUGCACUUUUUGCUCAAGGAGCUUGCCGCCGACGCCAAGCUCAAGCUGGACAAUGAGAACCGAGUGCGGGACAAUGCGGCGGUGCGCUACUUUCGCAAGAGGGCUGAGGCGAGCACCGUGAUCAGGUUUGAUGACGAGAGCGAUGAGGAUGGAGAUGUGGCUAUGGCCAUGUGA